CAUCACGCACAACGCGGAAGUGAACUCGGCCAAAACACCAAACACUGACCGAAACACCCAGAAAAGUGGUCUUUACAUCUGCUCAGUAGCUCCUGGUAGACUGAUAAAAUGCUUGGUGGAGGGUUUAAAGCUAAUAGGCUGAGUAUCAAUCUAAAACUUGCCAUCAGCAGACUGAAGCUUCUGGAGAAAAAGAAAACUGAACUCGCUCAGAAGGCUCGGAAGGAGAUUGCCGAUUACCUGUCGUCAGGUAAAGAUGAGCGGGCGCGCAUCCGUGUGGAGCAGAUCAUCAGAGAGGACUAUCUGGUGGAGGCUAUGGAGAUCCUGGAGCUGUACUGUGACCUGCUCCUGGGUCGAUUUGGCCUCAUCCAAUCAAUGAAAGAGCUGGAUCCAGGCUUACAAGAGGCAGUUUCUACUCUCAUCUGGGCAGCCCCUCGCCUUCAGUGUGAAGUGGCUGAAUUAAAAACUGUAUCUGAACAGCUGUGUGCAAAAUACAGUAAAGAGUAUGGGAAGCUGUGCAGGACAAAUCAGAUUGGAACUGUCAAUGAAAGGUUGAUGCACAAAAUGAGUGUUGAGGCCCCUCCUAAAAUCCUCGUGGAGCGUUACCUGAUCGAGAUCGCUAAGAACUAUAACGUGCCAUAUGAGCAUGAUGCCGUGGUCCAUUCGCAGGUGUGCGCUGCGGAAGAGGCUGAUCUGAUUGAUGUGCACAAUGACAGAAAGGGAGGCGGAGGAGGUGGUGGUGGCGGCGGCGGCGGCUUCACUGCUCCAAUGGCUCCGAUGCCCAUGGCCCCGAUGCCUAUGACCAUGCCCAUGCCCACAGCCUUCAACUAUCCUGCAGCCAAAGGAGCUCAACCAUUCAAUGCCCCUGUUGGGAACUACAACAACUUCCAGCCUCCCAUGGGAGGAGGGCAGCCCCCUCAGCUGCCCACUUCUCCCCCCACAUAUGAGUCCAUUGAUGACCUAAAUGACAAUUCCUCUGCCCCUUCGCAGGCUGUUGCCUCUGGUCCUUCCCCUCCUGGAUUCGACAGCAAUGCUUUGCCAGAGCUGCCUUCAGUUCCCGACACUCUCCCCACGUCUUCAUUUGGUGGAAAAACAACUUCCUCGGACGACAUUGAUUUUGAAGAUUUGACACGAAGGUUUGAAGAGCUCAAGAAGAAGACCUAAAUGGUUUGCAAACUCAAGCAGUUAUAAAUAGCAAAAUAGAACAUAUUUAAUCUUGUCAGUUUGUUCUUUUUUUUUUUUUUUACAUAAAUCUGUAAUCUUACCUCAUCUAAACCAAAAUGACCAUUUAACUGAAAGGGGUGGUGGCCUAUCUAACCUUGUCAAACGCUAUCAAGGCAGUAUCAGUCAGAGGUUAUAUUUUAAUUAGCACAUUAAAAAUUAAGAAUCAUUGUUAAUCGUGACACAGCUGAUCCAUUAAUUCAAAGUAUAUUCUCAUAAUUUUAUACUACACCUGUGUGGUAAUGUAUUUUCUUUGUGUUAUUUGGGGUUUUCCCUUCUCAUUUUUUUUUUUUCCAUGCCUUAUUGUCCUUCACUCAUGGCGUCGCUGUGAUUCAUGCUACAAACUUGACUGGUUCAACAGGUUUAGUUGUCUCGGGUAGAUUUGUUCUGAACUCUCUUUUACCAUGAUUUAAUGUUGAGAUCAUUGAUGACAUAAUGCUCAAUAUACCUGAAUAGCAAAAUACAAUGGUAGUGACAUUAAAUUGUGUCUCAGUAAAAAGCACUCAAAUGUUUUACAAAUAAAGUGAACAUUUAGUUACGGAGUUAAGGUGGUGGAAUGCAGUCGAAACUGUCAAGGUAUGAAGUGAACAGUGGUCUGUACAUAAGAAUUUAAAGCAUAAUCAUAGAAGAAGAACUCGUCGGACUAGCGAAAUCCUGAUUACAUGUUAACCCAUUUACUUGUGUUAUGGAAAGUCACACUCCAUAGGCUGACAUUUCAAAAUAUUUAAGUAAUUGUGUUGCUUAUUUCAAUGUCACAAUUACAAAUACCUUCACUUUUGCACUUCUGACUCAAUAUGUUUAUCGUAAAAAGUAAAAAAAAAAAAGGCUCUAUGAUGAUUGAAGUCUGCAUGUAUAACUACAGUAUGUGCCCCACUGCAUUUGCCUUAGUUUCUCAUUGAGGCCUUGUUCAUUUUUAAUACGCAUUUUAAUGUAUUUAGUCUACAAAUGGCUCUUUUAAAUUUGCCCCAAGUUAGUAGAGUGCAAACAUGCGACAGUACAUUCGGUCGCUGAUGUCACGCUCUGAUCUUGCCACGCCCAUGUGCUUGCAUUGCAAAUGAAAAGUGGCUCUGAUGGGAUUGAGUUUUCUCAGGAAAGGACACAGUAAACAACAUCCUAAACUCUGCGUACCAUUUGUUUUUAACAUGUUGUAAAGAGCGAUGAGAUUAUCCACACUACAGAACUGUGACCAUGCUGUCUUUUCUAUCUGGGACUGUUCUUUCAUACUUACAACUACAGACACACAGUGGUGUCUUAUUGCAAAAA